AUGGACCGCAGGGAAAUAGACGAAUUAAACAAGAAAAUGUCUAGUACAAUAGAUCUGGUAGGAAACAUAUUUGGGUACGAAGUAAAGCUUAUAGGCAACAAUCGGCUGGCUAUUAGGUCUCUGUAUGCCUUUGAUGAGGAUGAUGUUUUCAUUAUAACAGUAACCAAGAACGGAAUGCAGCUAGACAUGAAUGACUACUUAAAAAAAUUCGAGAAGGAAAGAAAGUUGUACUUGGAUGGAGCAAAGUCACUUGGGGCAUUUCUAUCUGCAGUGACACUUUCUCUAUUUGAGAAGAACACCUUUCAAUAA